AUGGUCACUAGAGUCAGCAAUUUAAAGGCCGGCCCGAAAGCUCAAGGCAAACAUCGUACUGUCUCGAACAAUAACCCUGUUCACAAUCACCUCCAUUCAGCACCCUCUCCGUCCUCUACGUCAGGUCUGAAGCAUCGAAACUACAAGACGAACCCUUCGAGUGCGACUUCUUCGAACCAAAAGAGAUACAAGGGCAAACCUGAGGGCAUACCGAAGACGCAAGCUUCCAAACGGCCGAGCUCUUUGACGCCAGCGUUGGGGAAUUCAACAUCCCGCAGCCUGGAACCAGAAAAUAUUGCAAACCAAGACAAAAGGCUCGUAUUGGACCCAAUGCCGAGUUCCCAUGAUGGCUAUGAUAGCACUUCCCAGGAAGCCCUGCCUGCGUGGGAGCCAGCACAACCCCGACAUCCUUCUCCCUAUUUCAACUUCUCUUUGGCACUUCCUUAUCAAGACCCUUCUCCAUGGAUACCGGCGAUACAACUACACCGUGGUGUCCUGUCUCUGGAAAUCUGUCAGCAAGACUCUACCAACCCCUACAUGCCUGUCAACACUGUUUACGAUUCGUCCUGUUCAGGUACCAUCAUCACUUACUCAGCCGCCUUAAGGAUCGGGUUAUUCGUCUUCCCGAAACCUCCUUCCGGUUUUGAGAAUAUCAGAACUCCUCAUGGCUACUUCUACCCCGAGAUGUUUGUAAAGGUAUCUGCUCAAGUUUGCUGGCCUAAGAGAAUCUCUUGUGGCAUAUGGAACAUUGCCGUAGUGCCAGACGAUUUCAAGAGGCCAGAAGGGGCAGAACUUAUCGUCGGCGCCAAGACAAUUGAGGCCAUGAAGACGGCAGGGGUGGAUGAUGGACUAUGCGAUGCCGUUGAUGUCCAGCAGAAACGGCUCUGCGUCUAUCCGUGGAGCCAUUCGGUUCCGUUUUCUAGUGAGAAAGGUGAGCUUUGCUCUUUGGCCAAACGAGUAUUUCGACUAAUGGAAGUAGUGCCAGGGCCAAUGUCGUCGACCGAGCCUCUCCAACAUGUUGGAGAUCCCAACUUUCUGUGCCCCGACCCCUAUCCUCCGGACCAAUUAUCAGCGAGCAGUACGCAUAGCGGUGUGCAGUCUUACCCAUCUACUGAGGUAGCCCCCAAAACUGUGACCUCGAAGACUUCAUUCUCUGCAGGGCCACCCAACCAACUUCCAGAGCACAGCAUGCAAGGACCAGGUGUUUCCCCCGGGCACGACAUGUCAAGCUUCAAUGCCAGCGCCAAGAGGAAAGAGAGAGAGACGUAUGAGGAUUCCUUCGGACAUGUUGACUCUUCUCUGGCCCAAAAUGGGUGCUCUAUCGACCCCAGGCAAGCGACUCUUCGUAAUCGUUCCGCCUAUCAUGGCAGUAGCGACACAUCGUUUCGGUCAGGUGGUGGGCUACAACCGGGUCUCCAGAGCAGUCCUGGAAGCCUUUCCGGGUCGGUAAUGACGAUCGACCCCUCUCUCCCUGUCUUCCAGAAGAGUUCUGCCUUCUCUGUAGCAUGCGCAGGGGACACUUUUGCGGGACAACCUUGGCCAGGGGACUGUGAUGAGGGUCAACAACCUGGGUGA